CACAAACAGAGGACACACAGGACACGGACAGGUUGUCUUACAUUGAGCACAGUCGAGUGAAGUGUUGCUGUCCUCCGCGGUGUCUGUCAGGAUGGUGAUAUCCUCCCCGGCUGCUGCAUUCAGAAUCAAACAGUAUCUGUUCCAGUCUGCCGCAUCUACAGCAUCUCUGCACAACGAGAGCAGAGCAGGGUGAUGGGGAGAGCGCGGACGAGUCGACCCAAAGAACCGACUCUUUUCAGCAGAGCAGGGUGAUGGGGAGAGCGCGGACGAGUCGACUCAAAGAACCGACUCUUUUCAGCAGAGCAGGGAGUAGUGAUGCGGAGAGCGUGGAUGAGUCGACUCAAAGAAACAAUUCUUUUGAGAGGAUGAUGGAGCAGUGUUGGCAAGACUGCGGAUGAGUCGUCUCAAAGAACCGACUCUUUUAAGCAGAGCAGGGAGUAGUGUUAGGAAGACUGUGGACGAGUCGACUCAAAGAAACAACUCUUUUGAGAGGCUGAGGGAGCAGUGAAGGGGAGUGGGUGGACGAGUCGAGUCAAAGAACCGACUCUUCUAAGUAGAGCAGGGAGUAGUGAUGGGGAGAGCGUGCACGAGUCGACUCAAAGAACUGACUCUUUUGAGCAGGAAGUAGUGAUAUAAUCGCUUGAAUAUAAUAAAUAAUGUUGUUUUUGUUUGUUUUUAACUUUGAAUAACCUUUUUUUUACCUACAGAAGGAGCUUGUCCUCUUCUUCAGAGGCCGCCAUGUUUCUACCAUGUUUCUUCAGUAGCAACUUGUAUUUGGCUAAUGGCUUUGCAUAAUGCACAGUGAGAGAGUAAGAAGAAGAAGAAGAAGGUUGUUACAAUAAUUUGUAUUGAUGGACAUUCUGAUGGUGAAAACUUGACCAAUGGAUCCGAGGAUGGACGUACAGGAGUUUUUUGUCCUUGAAGGCCACCGUCACCUCAAAACCACGAGGGGAAGUCUCAGACACUGUCGGAUUCCUUAGAGUCUUUGUGGAUGUGACAAAGAUGGCAACACGCCACGACAUGCCAACAAAGACCGCAUAUCUCAGAGCCUGGAUCUACGACAGAGAGGUGAAGCGAGCGUGUUCAGACGUGGAAAAACACCACACAAUGCACAGCCAGCCUCCAGUGGACACUCCAGGAAAUGCAGCUCUUUGGAAACAGCUUCUCAAGACUGGAGGUUGCGACAUGAAUGAAGGUUUUACUGCUAUUGUGGCCUGAAGGCAUGACCAGACGUGACCCAGCCCAGCAGUGUUGAAGAGGUGUUCUGGGAUGUUGCAGUAUAGCUCUAAUCAGCAACUUGAGAGCCGACAUUGUGCUCAGGUUAUAAGAAGAUAUCCUGUAGGUCUACAGAGACCCCUGCUGGUUAAGGAGCUUACUACAAGACAGGAGACUUGUGCCGUUUGUGGCUCUAUGGAAACUUGGAUCUACAAACUCUUCUCCUGUGUAAACACCGAUGACUGGAAUAAAAAGUGAGCGUGAGCCAGCAGUCAGUACAGCAGCCAUGAUGAAGACACUCGCUCUGCUCUCUGCAGCCCUGAUGCUGCUGCUGCUUCCUGGGACUCUGACUCAAGAGAGUCAAGUCGCUCCCAUAGACGUGGUGGUGGAGAACAGCUUACUGGGCUCGGCUCCUGCUACCUUCAGCACUCAUGUGGUUUACAGAGGGAUCCUGCUGGGAGCUCUGAAGAGACUCAUGGCCUCUAAUGGAGACUUUAAGUUCACCUACACAGAGGAUCUGAACUACGGCCCCUACUUGGAGAGUGUGAACGGUCUGGCAGGAAACGACAAAGAGCGCACGUACUGGGAGCUGCUGGUUAAGACUCCAGACGGCAUUAUCAAAAGACCUGACGUCGGUAUUGGAUGUUACAUUCCCAGCGCUAACGAGCAAAUCAUCCUGAGAUUUUCAAAAUGGUGAAGAUUCAGCAGCCUGCAGCGUACACCAACAUGAAAAUCAGUGUAUGAGGAGAACAAUGAAACAUGUGUCUGUGUUUAAUGUUGAGUGAAUAAAAGAAAUCCUGCAUGU